UUAUUAGUGGCCUUAUUUUAGUUCACACAUAUUCAUCAUUCUUCAGUACCUGUAAUAUUUGCAUUUCAUAAAUUUUUAAUCGGCUUUGAAGUGUGUCAUGGGACCAAUUGUAUACAUCAGCAGGACGGAAUCGUUUAGUGCUUGUCACAGACUUCACAGCAACCAGUUAACUGAUGAAGAGAAUGCCAAGGUGUUUGGUAAAUGCAACAACCCAAAUGGUCAUGGACACAACUACAAAGUUGAAGUGGUGCUACGUGGGCCAGUUGAUCCAGUGACAGGAAUGGUUUUCAAUCUUGUUGAUCUUAAGAAAUAUAUAGCUGAAGGUAUCAUGGAUCUAUUAGACCACAGACAUCUGGACAAAGAUGUCCCAUAUUUCAAGGAUGUUGUAAGUUCGGCUGAGAACAUCGCAGUCUUCAUCUGGGACCAGCUCAAGUCACGUCUCCCUGACAACUUACUAUAUGAAGUGAAAAUUCACGAAACCGACAAAAAUGUAGCAUUUUAUAGAGGAGAAACUAAAUGAAAGCUAUAACUUGAUGUAUAUAAAUGUAA